UGAAAUACUGUGUGCGAUGCAUGUUAUUAUUGUUUCUUAAAAACCAAUUAAUGUGAGACAUAAUCGUGCUUGCACUUCACAAAAGCCGGUGGAGGGGCCUCUUCCCCAAAAAACUCUUCUUUAAAAUAACAUGCAAAAAUUAGGGAGCAAAAAUAAAGCUUUAUUCUUUUCCGUCUUUUAUUUUUCCGUUUUUAUGACUUAAUUUCCAUGAGAGUGGAGGUUUUAAAAUCCCACCUCUGAAAGCUUUCCCAGCACAUAUCACCAAAACAAAUUUGCAAAUUUGCCCUCUUCCUAUAAACUCUGAGGAAAAUUCCCCAUUGGGUUUCAGUUUUUGGGGCUUCACUCUCUCUCUGUAUCUCAUGUGAGCAUGUCAGCUAAAGCAAGGUUCUAGAGAGAGAAAUCAUGAGUGAGGAGAGAGAGGAGAGAGAGUAGAGAGAGAGAUGCUUUUUUUUUUCCUUUCUGUUCUGUAAUCUUUUCAAAAACCAACCUUUCCAGCAAAACCCAGUUGCUAUAUAUCCCUCUUUUUGCUUCACCUUCAUUAGACUACACAAGUAAGCAGCUGUCAACGUCUUUGAGCAGCUUUACUGUUUUUACUUCAUAUUCUCUCUGUUUCUUUGAGCAGCUUUACGGUUUUUUCUUCAUAUUCUCUCUGUUUCUUUGAGUAAUGCAUCAGGAGCCAGCAACCCAGAUCAAAUCAAGGCUGGAUUAUCAGAUUUUGAAGAUUUCUGAGUUGGGUUUUUGCCCCUGGUCAAUUUGAGGUCACCAAUCGUUUGUUAAAAUUCCCCAAAGAAAGUUUGGAAAAGUGAAUUGAGGUACUUGGUUUUAAAAUGAGAGAUUUCCCAUCUUGUUUUGGUGAAAAUGGGGUUCAGGUUGCUGAUUCUUCAUCAUCAAAUAGUAGUAGGGGUGCCCAGAAUUUGGUUACUUGUAUGUAUCAAUGCCGGUUACGAGGCCGGUCUUGCUUGAUUACUGUGACUUGGAGUAGGAAUUUGAUGGGUCAAGGCCUUAGUGUUGGGAUAGAUGAUUCAUCAAACCAGUGUCUUUGUAAGGUUGAUAUUAAACCCUGGUUGUUCUCCAAGAGAAGAGGGUCCAAGAGUUUAGAAGCUUAUUCGAGUCAAAUAGAUAUAUAUUGGGACCUUUCAUCGGCAAAAUUCGGAUCCGGGCCUGAACCUUUGGAGGGAUAUUAUGUCGGGGUUGUGGUGGACAGGCAAAUGCUUCUCCUUCUCGGAGACAUGAGGAAAGAAGCUUUCAAAAAGACUAGUGCCAACCCUGUGCCUUCGAGUGCUGUUUGCGUUGCUAAGAGAGAGCAUAUUUUUGGUAAGAGGGGAUUCACCACAAAGGCUCAGUUUUGCAAUAAUGGUCAAGUUCAUGACCUUGUAAUUGAAUGUGACACUGUCGGCGUCAAUGAUCCAUGCCUCCUGGUGCGUGUUGACAGCAAGCCUGUGAUGCAGGUGAAGAGACUUCGGUGGAAGUUCCGAGGGAACCAUACCAUCUUGGUUGAUGGGCUUGCAGUUGAAGUUUUCUGGGAUGUUCACAAUUGGCUGUUUGGUACAUCACCUGGAAAUGCUGUUUUUAUGUUCAAGACAUGCCUCUCAGCAGAGAAGUUGUGGGCUAGUCAACCAGCCUCUGAUCCAAGCGCGUUGCAGUGGUCAUUUUCGCAGAGAUUCUCGGAUAGUAAGUCACAAAGUCUAGGAUUCUCGCUGAUUCUGUAUGCUUGGAAGAAUGAAUAGAGGAAGUCAGAUGUUCUCCAUUGAUUGCUAACAGAAAAACCUCUAUCCAGAUUAUAGCUGUUGGGUGCUUGUGCUAGGAAUGUUUUUCUCUUGGGACAGUUCAAGGAGCCGAGAUCUCACAUUCACUAUAUAAGUCAACAUAGAAGUAAUGGGAAUCUUUGGUCUGGAAAAUUUUACAGUUGCUAGCAAUCAAGUGGAAGAAAGGAUAUAGAAGGUUAAAUUGUACAUAACUGAAGGAAUGUGAAGGGGUAGGAUUAAGCACCCUGCACAACUUCCUGGCUUACUUUGCCUGUUUCGGGUGAAGGGUCAAAUGAUAAUGUAUGUGCUAGGCAUGAAUUUGUGGAUAAAAAGGGGGACAAUUCGCAGCUGCUCUUUUUCUUGAAGCCUCGAAAAGCAUCUUCUAUAGCCCGAGGUUGGAUACAGCACAUUAUCUUGUAUCAAGGAGCAUUGUGAUGAAGAGAGUUCAACAAUUAUUUUGUGCUUGAUUUCUCUGUAGAUGUACCUGUUUACCCUAUGGAGCCUGCUCAUCUUGCAACACAUUGUGCUUCCUUUGCAUCAGGGCUCAAAAUUCAACUGUAUAUGCUCUAGCUGAAACCCGGAACAAUCACAUCUUCCGCCUCUUUACCCCCUCCCCCUUCAGCCGAGCUACUUCGAUACCUUCCACUAUGCGUUUCCACUGUGAGUAAUUUUUGCAGAAGUUUAAGCCUGUCUUAGUUGUAGUUUGGUGUUAACUCGAAAUUUAAAGAUGGUUGGUUGAGAUUUGCAUAGCAUUCAAAUAGUGAGUUAUUUUUGCUGAA